AUCGCCUCGGCGGCCGUCAGUGACGUACAAAGGCGGCGCCGCACUUCGGUUCGUGCUGCUGAGGCGGGAGUGUACCCUAGUCGGCCGCAAUCAUGGUGCAUUGUAGCUGCUUGUUGUUCCGAAAGUUUGGAAAUUUCGUUGAUAACCUCAGACUCUUCGCCAAGGGAGGAAGUGGAGGAAUGGGCUACCCUCGCCUGGGUGGAGAAGGUGGCAAAGGGGGUGACGUCUGGGUUGUGGCCCACACAAAAAUGACCUUGAAACAGCUGAGAGACAAAUAUCCUCAGAAGCGGUUUGUGGCUGGAGCAGGAGCAAAUAGUCGGGUUAGUGCACUGAAAGGCUCCAAAGGAAAAGACUGUGAAAUCCCUGCACCUGUUGGUAUUUCAGUAAAAGAUGAAAAUGGUAAAAUUAUAGGAGAACUCAAUAAGGAGGAGGACAGAAUUUUGGUAGCUGAAGGAGGUCUUGGUGGUAAAUUACUUACAAAUUUCUUACCGUUGAAAGGCCAAAAACGAAUAAUUCACCUUGAUCUAAAACUUACAGCUGAUGUAGGCCUUGUAGGAUUCCCAAAUGCUGGAAAAUCCUCUUUGUUAAGUCGGGUUUCUCAUGCAAAGCCUGCUAUUGCAGAUUAUGCGUUUACAACAUUGAAGCCACAACUUGGAAAAAUUAUGUAUAGUGAUUACAAACAAAUAUCUGUAGCUGAUCUCCCUGGUUUGAUAGAAGGAGCACAUAUGAACAAAGGAAUGGGCCACAAAUUCCUCAAGCAUAUAGAAAGAACUAGACAUCUACUUUUUGUUGUCGAUAUUUCUGGAUUUCAGCUUUCAUCCCAAACUCAUUACAGAACUGCCUUUGAAACCAUAAUACUGCUUACAAAAGAGUUGGAAUUGUACAAAGAAGAACUUCAGACAAAACCUGCACUCCUGGCAGUGAAUAAAAUGGACUUGCCUGGAGCACGAGAUAAAUUCCAGGACCUGAUGAACCAACUCCAGAACCCUAAAGAUUUUCUGCAUUUAUUUGAAAGAAGUAUGAUUCCAGAGAGGACUAUGGCGUUCCAGCACAUCAUCCCAGUCUCUGCAGUUACCGGAGAAGGGAUCGAGGAGUUAAAGAACUGUAUAAGGAAGUCACUGGACGAGCAUGCCGACCAGGGAAACGAUGCAUAUCGUAAGAAACAGCUGCUUAAUUUACAGACGUCCAGUGAGCCACCAUCAAAGCAUGCUGUCACAAUUCCAGAAGGGGUAGAAUUGAAGUCUACUAACAGUGGUAUCGAUAGAAAGACUAUUUGGCCCUAAGAAAUAAGAAAAUAUUAUUUACAACAAUGUGGAUGAACCUGGGAAACCUACUAUUAAGUGAAAUAAGCCAGGCACAAAGACAGAUACCGUGUGACCCCCUUGCGUGGGAAACCUGAAGGACUGGAAAUCACGGAAGCAGAGAAAGCGGUGGUUACCAGGCCUGGGGAUGGUGGGGAAUGGGGAGAUGCUGGUCACAGGACACGGAGUACGUCCUGGAGGUCUAGUGUACAAAAUGGAUUUUAAAAAUCAGAGUAAGAUUUAAAUGCUCUCACCACAAAAAAUCAAUGUGUAAAGGGUGUAUGUUACUUAGCUCAACUGAGUUUGCUUAUUGUAUUGUGCUUUUUGUGAUAUACAGUCAGGCAUCACUUAACAAAAGGCACAUUCUGAGACCUGUGUUGUUACUUAGUUGCAAAGACAUGAUAGAGUUUACUUAUACAAACCAAGACAGCUACAGUAUCAGGAGGCCAUAUGAUCUUAAGGGAGCAUUGUUGACCAAAAUGUCAUUGUGCAAUAUCCAUAUUAUUAUUUAUCACAGUAGGUGAACUUUGUUUUCCUUUAAAUGGUAAACAUAAUUGGGAAAAACUAUCUCAAGGGUAUUUAAUUUCAGGUUUAUCCAUUUCUUGUAACAUUGUUUCCUUUUAAUUCUGUGCUUAUUUGCUUUCUAAGGGUUGAGAUCAGAGAUUCCUUUGAGAAAAUGAAAACCAUAUUUUUCUUGUCAAAAAAUAUACAUCAACACAUGAAGUAGUUCUCAAGUAUUUUCAUAGAACUUGAAAAGUUCAGAUUAAAAACACAGUUCAAAAAAGAUAUAUCCUGGCCAGCACCAUGGCUCACUAGGCUAAUCCUCUGCCUCGCGGUGCCGGCACACCGGGUUCUAGUCCCGGUCGGGGUGCCGGAUUCUGUCCUGGUUGCCCCUCUUCCAGGCCAGCUCUCUGGUAUGGCCAGGGAGUGCAGUGAAAGAUGGCCCAGGUCCUUGGGCCCUGCACCCCAUGGGAGACCAGGAGAAGCACCUGGCUCCUGGCUUCGGAUCGGCGCAGCGCACUGGCUGUAGCGGCCAUUUGUGGGGGUGAACCAAUGGCAAAAGGAAGGCCUUUCUCUGUCUCUCUCUCUCACUAUCCACUCUGCUUAUCCAGAAAUUUGUAAUAUAAUUAAGGUUGAUUGAAAAUAAUGUUCCGGGAGCAGAUAUCUGGCGUGGUGGUUAGAAGGCUGCUUGGGACACCUGCAUCCUGUAGGAGGACCUGGGUUCCAUCUUAGCUCCAGUCCUGGCUCCACUCCCAAUUCUGGUUUCUGGUUGAUGUGACACUGGGAGAUAGCAUGUUAAAGCCACAAUAGUUAGGUCCCUGCUGCCAACUUGGGAGACUCAGGUUGAGUCCCUGUCUUCUGACAUAAAAAUGAAAGUAAGCAAUAAUGUGAAUUGUAAACCCACACGAAUGACAUUUGCAGACAUAGAGCAGCAUUUUAUUUGAAGACCAAAUAUAGUAACUUGAAUUUAAUGUAUAUUUUCAAAUCCUUAAGAGUAUCUCAAAUUUGGCUUAAAUCUAUCCUUACAGAAAAGUCGUGUGAAACCAACCCAGAAAUGUAGUUUGAAUGUGUGGUAAUGUGUUCUGAGUUGGGAAUGUUAUAUUCUGGUACUGUGCUGAGUACAUCACAUAUAUUAACUCAUGUAAAGACUAGCCUGUCUUGCCUUCUGGUCAUUUAUGUUUUUCAAUGAGUAAUGCAUAUAUGCAGUAUUAAAUUUUUUGAGAUUCUAAAAUAUUUGAUAAGUUAUUUUUUUUAUUUGAGACAGAACUUUCAUCUGAUGGUACAUUCCACAGAUAUCUGUAAUGGCUAAACCAUUACCUGGCCUUGCUAAACCUGGGAGCUGGUAACUCAGUCCAGGUCAGCUCUGCAUGUGGCAAGGACCGAACUACUUGAGCCAUCACCUGUGGCCUAACAGGGUGCACAUUAGCAGGAAACUGGAAUCAGGAUUCAGAGCCGGGAACUGAACUCAGGCACUCUGACAUGGGAUACAUGUGCCAUUACCUGCAGCUUAGGCUAAGUAUUCACUCUGAUAUUUCAUAACUUUUGAAAAAGACAUUAGGAGAAAAUGUGUAGUCUUGUCUUUACAAAAGUUUCUAAAAGAGACCUUUUCUAUCUCUCUCUUUUUUUUUUUUUUGAUUGGAGCUUGGGAAGUAGAGGGAAAAUGUCAGGGUAAUCUCUAGCUGUGCUUAGGUUUCACUAGCUGGUUAAAGGAGAAAACAAAUAAAUAUGAGGCUUGAGAAAGGGAGAGAGGACAGAGAGAAAAAUAGGAAUGUUGAAAAACUGGAUAACUCAGGGAUAGCAGAUAGGGUAUUCCUUUAGUUGACUGACAUGAAAAAGCCAUGGGCAAUUUUAACUACCUACUCUGACCAAUACUAGCCACUGAUUUUAUAAAUUUUUUUUAUGUUUCUGAGCAUAUGAAAGUUUCUUAGUUAAUAUUUAUUGGGUGCUUGGAAGACUUCAGAGGAAGUAAUCACCUUUGUACAUAUUAAUGUAUUUAAAAUAGAAAUUAAAUUUUUUGGGAUGUCCAGCUACCAAGCUUUGUGAAGCAUAACUAUUAUCUGAAUCAUGUCCUUUGCAAUUCUUGGAAUUUGAAGAACAGGCUAUGCACUUUAUAUUAUAACUAAUUUUGGAGCGAUAUAUGGCUAGACAAUUUCUUCCUAUUUGUUUUGUAAACUCUAAGUGCGUUGAAGGUUGAAAGCAAAGGACAAAAGCUUCCUUUGUUCAUGAUCCAUAUUCCAAUGUAUUUUUCUGAAAUUGCCAAUAUCUUCUAACCACUGCCUUCAUUUUCUAUUGGUUAUCAAACAUUAUUAUUGGUAUUAUUUCUGUAUGAAAGACUGUAAUUUUCUCAUAUUUAGAAAGGGCACAAUUGUAAAGCUAAAAUAUACUUUCCAUUUUUGUUUGUAUAUGGUUUGCUACAAAUUGAAGGAUCCUGAAAAUUUUAAAUCAAGGAUAGACAUUGAGUAAAAGCUUAUGACUUUGGAUAGAUUUGGAACAUGAUUAAAUGACAGAAUAAAUAAAAGCCCUUGGUCAAUAA